GUAAUUUGUGGGCAUUGCACUGCAUUGUUGGAAAGGCCUAGGCAUACCGUCUUGGGUCGGCGGUAGCGGAACUCGACUCACAAUUUUGCUAAAAAAAGUUUGCUUUGAUUUGUCUAGAGUGCCAAGGCUAGGGAGAGCAGGAAUCUGCUGUCGAUCGCGCUUUUCGUAUUGAUACCUCCUUCCAGAGGACAAGAGAUCCGGACACUGCGAAUUGCCCCGUCCGGUGACAGAGAACACGUCCAGGGACUGAAUUCAUUAGUCUUGAAUUCAGAUGGCACCCUCAUGUUCAGAUUCGAGGAUUACAAAACAUAUGGCUCUCAUAGGGUUGAUGUCACAAAUUUGCCAGAAGAUCACAGAUUGAACGUCAUCAUAAGGGAAUAUCUGGACAAAUACAGAGAUAUUCUUCUCGACGCCUCUGACGAUGGCACAACCAACAAUUUUCUUCUCCUGACAGAUAAAGGAAAACCCUUUAGUGGUCCCGCAUUCUCAACCCACAUGAAGUCUGUCUUUUACCACCUAACAGGAGUGAGUGUCAACUUGCACCUUCUGAGAAGCUCCUUCGUGACUUAUUGUUAUGGGGACAGCCAGUGCACCGACGCAAUGAAAGACAGUUUGGCGUCGGCCUUGAGACACACAAGGAAGCAAGCUCAACUCACCUAUGACCGUAGAAAUUCCAGCGAAAAGAAGAGUUUGGCUGUCAGCCUUGCUUCAGAAUUAGCAGAAAAUACAAUCGAGUCACUAUCAGCUCAGCCGUCCGACAGAAAUGCAGGGCUUGAUAAAGGUAGCUGGGUUGCUCUCACAGUAGAAGGCAGCACUCUGGCAAAUCCGAACAUUCUGCUAGCUAGAAUUCAGAACCUCAUGCCCGGUAGAAAGGCUUCGCUACUGUGGUUCAAGGCCACUGCGGAAAAAGGCCUGUACGCUUUUCACUACGAUGAAGCCAGCUUGAUAGAAAGCUUAGAUGCCUUAGUUCCCGUCCAAGACGCGCGCGUCAGCGUCAAGUCACACUUGUUCGCGAGCCGUUCGCGAGCCGUCUUAGUGCACACGAUGGCGCAGGCCGCGGGCUUGGUCCAGUAUGACAGUAUUACAGAUGACAGUGAAGAAACGGAGAAUCACGUGCCCGCCGAUGAAAGCACCGCUACUGACCCGCAGGCCUCAACAGACGACACAGCAAAAAAAAAAGUGCAUCCGGAUUAA